AUGACUAUGUUGGCUUCAAAAGCGUCGUUCCCGGCCAACAUGGGCCCUUCUUCUCUCACUCCCGUUUCCUCCCAGCCCGCAAUGGCCCCGCCUCGAAGAGCUCCAACGAUGCCUUCUACAGGCGGUUACGGCAGUCCAACAGAAUCCGAAAUCACCGAGAACGAUCCUGCCGAAUCCGUCAAGAACUGGGACGAAGAACAAGUAUGCGAGUACCUGCGAUCCGUCAAGUGUGGCGAGUAUGAAAAGAUCUUCCGAAAGAAUCACAUCAACGGCGAGAACCUGUUGGAGAUGGACAAGGACGUGCUCAAAGAAAUGGGCGUCGAGAAAGUCGGCGAUCGCGUCCGCCUUUUCCUCAGUAUUAAGAAACUACGGACUAGGGCCUAUGCCAACGAGAAGAAGCGGAAUCGGGACUCAUUCGGCGGGCUCGAUAUUCAUAUCACGGCGCCCAACGACUCACCACGAAUGCACACAUCACGAGGUGUCCCCACAUCAGCAUCUAACAAACGGUAUUCAAGGCAAAUAGACUUGCAUGGUGCUCUGGACAAUGGCAAGACAUCCUCGAGGCCCAACUCCCCCCUGCCUGGCACCGACCUGCGCAACAUGCGGGCCAGAGGUAAAACAUAUGUUACCACUCCUAAUGCUCAAGGGCAAAGGAUUGUGAUUACCAACCCGGAUCUUCCGGCAAACCGUCUGGUAACAACCCAUACCAGGAAUAACUCCAGUAUGGACGGUUCACUGAUGGCUGCCUUACCACAGGGUCAAGAAGUUAUUCGCGUUAUAUCGACUGGCGGCGUUACGAAGGUCGUCAAGAUAUCCGGAUGCAACACUUGCGAAGAGGUCAUGCGUGUGACGCUUCGAAAAUUCGCCCUGCGCGAGGAUCACGAGAGAAACUAUUGCUUCUGGGUUCUGGCCGGUAUCGACCCGGAUCCAGGCCAAACUCGACGACUGGGCGACACGGAACUCUGGCGCAUAAUCAAGGACCAGCGAAGACCGGAGAGGAAUCGAUUGAUACUUAGAAGAGUCCCGGCAGGCGAACCAGGUGAGGCGGAAUUGCAGCGCGCUGCAGCCAUCGCCAUGGAAGAAGAGCAACAGAAGCAUGCCCGGGCCCUCGAGACGGUGGACAAGCGAAGCCAACUCAAGGUUCAGAAGAUGCUUGGGGAGAAGUGGAAUGACCAGCUCCAGUCUCCGUUAUCGCCCAUCUCAUACCAGGACCGCGAGCGAAAUCUGCACAACGCAGCCAAAGAUCUCGAGCGUCCUGCUGAUGAAACGGAAUCACGACCAGCCCGACGUGUUGGCGCCCUCCGGCAAUUUGGAGGUCUCCGACCCCCCAGCGAAUUGAUUGCGUCUGAUCUUACUUCUUACUUCCCUGACCAUACCAGAGAGGACAUUGACCGUACAGCUCGACUUUCUAUGCGAAGGUCGACUCGCUUGAGCAAGGUCAACAGCCGACUCAGCGUGGCCAGCAACCUCAGCUUUGCCUCUAGUAUUCAGGAUGCGCCCCCUAUUCCAACUAUUGCUGACUCUUGGCUCAAUGCCAACUCACAACUGGCCAAGGUGAAGACGCGUGACUCCCAACAUAUCCGGGUUCCUCAGAAUGCGUACAACCGCGAUUCAGUAACGUCAUCAGUGCUCGAUACCCUACAAGAGGAAUCCUCCCUCGAGCCCGACCGCAAAUCUUAUGUCUCGUUCACCGAGAGUGGUUCUGACUCAGCCGCUUUGAGCGUCACCGACCCCGAGGGCAACACCACAGCUACGAGCUACUAUGAUGGUGACAACUCAACAGGUUCUGGGUCGUUCCAGGAGCUUCGUCAAACGUUGACAAAUGACGGCGACGACGUGGAUGAGGAGCUACAAAGCUUCCUGGCUGGAGAGUCAUGGGGUGAGGAUAAGUGGAUGAAGGGAGCGCUCAUCGGCCAAGGAUCAUUCGGCAGUGUGUAUCUGGCCCUGCAUGCAAUCACAGGCGAGCUUCUAGCUGUGAAGCAGGUCGAGGCACCUGCUCCAGGAGCCAACAGCCAAGGCGAUACUCGCAAGAAGAGCAUGAUCGAUGCACUCAAGCGAGAAAUAAGUUUGCUCCGCGAUCUUCGACACCCCAACAUUGUGCAGUAUCUUGGGUGCAGUUCGUCGACAGAGUAUCUCAACAUUUUCCUCGAGUAUGUGCCUGGUGGUUCAGUUCAGACUAUACUUAACUCGUAUGGUGCUCUACCAGAGCCGCUGGUGCGCAGCUUUGUGCGACAGAUUCUGACUGGUCUCUCAUACCUGCACAACCGGGACAUUAUCCAUCGUGAUAUCAAAGGCGCCAACAUUCUGGUUGAUAAUAAGGGAACUAUCAAAAUUUCCGAUUUCGGAAUUUCCAAGAAACUGGAGGCCUCCAAUAUCCUGAACGGUGCCAACAACAACAAGCACCGUCCUUCGCUACAGGGAUCCGUGUUCUGGAUGGCUCCCGAAGUAGUGAAGCAGACAUCAUACACUCGAAAGGCGGAUAUCUGGUCGCUUGGGUGUUUGGUGGUGGAGAUGAUGACCGGAAGCCACCCAUUCCCCGAUUGCAGUCAGCUACAAGCCAUCUUUAAGAUCGGGGGCGGAAAGGCGGCUCCCACAAUCCCAGAGCAUGCGAGCGAGGCCGCCAAAGAAUUUUUGGCUCAAACCUUUGAGAUUGAUCACAACCUAAGACCUAGCGCGGACCAGCUGAUACUCAGCCCCUUCUUGAUCCCCAUCACCUAA